UCGCUUUGUCUCGCAAAGAACCGGCAAUUACAUGAAUGAUAAAAAUACAUAUAAUAGUAAGUUUGUUCUGUAAACAGUACUGAUUAUGAUAGUAAAAUUGCAAGAAAGAAAGAAAGAAACAAAUAAAACAGACGCCUGUGGGAUUUGAUUCCUGUCUAAGUCCUGAUAUGAUGGCAGCUAAUGCCUGGCAGGAAGAAACGAAUCUGUAAUAUAAGAAAGCCAUCUCUGAUGUUCUUAGAAAGUCCACUAGAUGGUGAUAGACAUACAUAUGGCAUUCCUGCUCAAUCAGCACUUAACCCUAAACAUGUUCCAACUUUGCCAGUUGACCAAAAUUCAUCUGCACUCGGCUGGGUUAAAUCUCAGUUUGAAUCAGGAGAGCAGUUGCAGUUUCCACCUCGAAGACAGAAACAGUAUCAUACAGAAAGCACUUCAAGUUAUGGAACCUCUUUUAGUAUCAGCAGGAUUUCCAAGACAAAGAAAUCAAGUGUUUGUAAGUUCCCAGCAUUGAGUUUUAAUGAGGCCUCUGAAGUCCCACAACGUCAAAAGUGUGCCCCAAGAGCUGGUAAACCCAUUCUACGAAAUAAGGGUUUGCUUACAUGUAAGGUAACUGAGGAUGAGAGUUUGCCACCUCUGUCCAGAAACACUUCUGUGUUUCAGAAAGCUGGUCAAGGAGCUAAAAAACUGGCAACAAAUGAGGCUAAAGAGUAUACAACAAACAAUGACGGACAAUUGAGGGAGCCAGAAAACUCAACAAGAUUUGGAGACCUCAGUACCAAUGAUGCAUCUACUCCCCCAACUGUCUAUACUCCAGUUGCAAAUCUGUGCUCAUCUGUUGGGGAGCAUCACAAACAUUCUCCUGUUAUGGAUUUGAGAUUUUUGAAUUAUAUAGCCCAAACACCAUGUGCAGUGGACCACAAUGACAUCUUAGUUCAAGAUACUCCUGAAAAAGAAUAUGGAUUAAAGGUGACCUGGCGGAGGAGGAAGACGGUGAUGAAAUAUCUGAAAGACAGAGGGAAGCUGACCAGAAGUGAAAUAUUAGUCAAUGCUGAUAUGAAAUAAUUAAAAGCUUUUCCACAAUAUAUAAAUUUUUAACUUGUUACUUGCAUGAAUGAGCUGAGAGUGCAGUCAAAAAUGAACUUUUCUGGAAUAAAAUUAUCAAAUGUACUAGAGGUUAGGUUUCAAGAUACAAGGGCCUGUUUUUUACUGAAACAUUGUAUAAAGGAAAAUGCAUACUUACUGUAUAUUCAAGUAUUGAGGAGGCCUGUGCUCUGCUGCUUGAAGUACUUUCUCACAUUCAUUCACAUAAUGAAGUUGCCUACAAAUAAACGCAAUGCAAUGAUUUAUGUGUUUGUUGACUCGUACUGAGAAGCUGUUUCCUUUAUACAUUUUUUGCUUUGUAUGUAAAAAUUUAGCAUUGUUUGAGUUACAUGCUGUCAAUAAGAUAGUGUGAUGAUGUAUUUUUCUUUUUAAUUCCUUUUCCAGUUUAGGAUUCGAGGUUGUCAUUCAUGUUACAUUCCUGUUCAAUACGCUCACAUUCCUCUUUUAUUUUUUUGUUAACCUUUUCAUACAAUCAAGUCAUUUUGGCUUUAGAAUUUGGAACUUUAACAUUCAUUUGCAUUUUUUAGACAGUAGAUAGUAUUAGACAUUACUUAAUUCUCAGUGGUCCAGCCAUGGCACAGUGUACCGUGUUGCUGUAAAAGAAAUCCUAGAGCGAAUAAAAAAUUAUUUCUAGAAU